AUGGCGACACGGAUAUGCGAAAACGGCGCUGCUGCUGUUGAUGCUGCUGCAGGGAUAUUGAAGCGCCCUGGAACCAUAGCGGUGUCUCAACAUCGGUUGUGUACGGCGCUGGCUCUGUGUGUUGUACCGUACCCGAUGCCAGCUCACUGGGCCAAAAGUCCACUUUUGGUGUCAUUUGUUUCGGUUGGAAAUGUGAAAUUGAGUGCUGAAUACCGCCACCGUGUCGUAGUUGAUGCACUGGUGCUGCAGCAGGCAGCACCGCCACAUCGUUUUUUUCUUGGCCAUGCGGUAGCAGGAAAGUCUGCCCAGCAGUAA